CUUUAGCUCCUCCUGGCACCUACAGUUCGAGGAUGCAGACACCAACACAGCCCGCUGAUCACCCUUCUUACACGUCGCCUUCUAAUCGGAAUCCUCCGACGGAACCUACUUCUGAGGAUGCAGAGGCGAAGCUUGAGAAGAAGGCCAGAACAUGGAUGCAGCUAAAUUCCAAACGGUACGGCGAUUAGAGGAAAUUUGGGUUCGUGGAAACUCAGAAGGAGGACAUGCCACCUGAGCACGUUAGGAAAAUCAUCAGGGAUCAUGGUGAUAUGUCAUCUAAGAAACAUGGACUUGACAAACGUGUAUAUCUUGGAGCACUUAAGUUCGUUCCUCACGCAGUUUUCAAGCUCCUGGAGAAUAUGCCUAUGCCCUGGGAACAGGUCCGGUACGUGAACGUGGUACCAUGGGUUGUGGAACCUAUUUACAUGGCUCAGUGGGGUUCUAUGUGGAUAAUGAUGAGAAGAGAGAAGAGGGAUCGUCGUCAUUUCAAGAGAAUGCGGUUUCCACCAUUUGAUGAUGAGGAGCCCCCUCUAGACUAUGCUGAUAACCUGCUGGACGUGGAUCCUCUUGAGCCAAUUCAGUUGGAGCUAGACGAGGAAGAUGAUUCUGCUCUAUACUCUUGGUUUUACGACCACAAGCCACUUGUAAAAACAAAACUGAUCAAUAGUCCAAGUUACCAGACGUGGAAUCUCUCACUUCCAAUUAUGUCAACCCUUCACAGGCUUGCAGCCCAGUUGUUGUCUGAUUUGGUUGAUCGCAACUACUUCUACUUGUUUGACAUGCCAUCAUUCUUCACAGCAAAGGCACUGAACAUGUGCAUACCAGGCGGUCCUAAGUUUGAGCCUUUGUAUCGUGAUAUGGAGAAAGGAGAUGAGGACUGGAAUGAAUUUAAUGACAUCAACAAGCUUAUCAUUCGAUCCCCUCUGCGAACUGAGUACCGAGUAGCUUUCCCCCAUCUGUACAAUAAUAGGCCCAGGAAAGUAAAACUCUGUGUCUAUCACACUCCUAUGAUUAUGUACAUAAAGACAGAGGAUCCUGAUCUUCCUGCGUUUUAUUAUGAUCCAUUAAUUCACCCAAUAAGUAACUCGAGUAACACUAAUAAGGAACAUCGCAAAAGUAAUGGUUAUGAUGAUGAUGAGGAUGACUUUGUGUUACCAGAAGGAGUGCAACCUUUGCUGAAUAACUCCCCACUCUACACUGAAACUACAGCUGCUGGCAUUUCAUUGUUGUUUGCCCCUCGGCCUUUCAAUAUGAGGUCUGGGAGGACUCGGCGGGCAGAAGAUAUACCCCUUGUUGCAGAAUGGUUUAAGGAGCACUGUCCUCCAGCAUAUCCUGUCAAAGUUCGGGUUAGUUACCAGAAGCUUUUGAAGUGUUAUGUACUCAAUGAGCUGCACCAUAGACCACCUAAGUCUCAGAAGAAGAAGCACUUGUUCCGAUCUCUUGCAGCUACAAAGUUUUUCCAGAGCACCGAACUGGAUUGGGUUGAAGUGGGUCUGCAAGUCUGCCGGCAGGGAUAUAAUAUGCUGAACCUGUUGAUUCACAGGAAGAAUUUGAACUACCUGCACCUUGAUUAUAACUUCAACCUGAAGCCUGUGAAAACUCUGACAACCAAGGAACGAAAGAAGUCACGUUUUGGAAACGCUUUCCAUCUCUGCCGUGAGAUCCUCCGGGUGACAAAGCUUGUAGUUGAUGCAAAUGUCCAGUUCCGACUUGGUAAUGUUGAUGCCUUUCAAUUGGCUGAUGGCCUGCAAUAUAUUUUUUCCCAUGUUGGGCAAUUGACAGGUAUGUAUCGUUAUAAGUACAGGCUUAUGAGACAAAUCAGGAUGUGCAAGGAUUUGAAACACUUGAUCUAUUACCGUUUCAAUACUGGUCCUGUGGGUAAAGGACCAGGGUGUGGAUUUUGGGCUCCAAUGUGGAGGGUAUGGUUGUUUUUCCUUCGCGGAAUAGUUCCUCUUCUAGAACGAUGGUUAGGGAACCUGCUUGCACGUCAAUUUGAGGGGCGUCACUCAAAGGGAGUGGCCAAAACAGUCACAAAACAGAGAGCUGAAAGCCAUUUUGAUUUGGAGCUUCGAGCUUCUGUCAUGCAUGAUGUCGUUGAUGCAAUGCCAGAGGGUAUCAAUCAAAAUAAAGCGCGGACGAUAUUGCAGCACCUUAGUGAGGCAUGGCGGUGUUGGAAAGCUAAUAUACCAUGGAAGGUCCCUGGAUUACCUGUGGCAAUUGAGAAUAUGAUCCUCCGAUAUGUCAAGUCUAAAGCUGAUUGGUGGACAAAUGUUGCUCACUACAAUCGUGAGCGUAUCAGAAGAGGGGCUACUGUUGAUAAGACAGUUUGUAGAAAGAAUCUUGGACGGUUGACCCGUCUUUGGCUCAAGGCAGAACAGGAACGACAACAUAAUUUUCAGAAAGAUGGUCCAUAUGUCACUGCGGAUGAAGGAAUAGCAAUUUAUAGCACCACUGUAAAUUGGCUGGAAUCUAGAAAAUUUUCACCAAUCCCAUUCCCUCCAUUAUCAUAUAAACAUGACACAAAGUUGCUUAUCUUGGCCCUUGAGAGACUUAAAGAAUCAUAUAGUGCAGCUGUGAGAUUGAAUCAGCAGCAGAGAGAAGAGCUUGGUUUAAUUGAACAAGCUUAUGACAAUCCUCACGAAGCUUUGAUGCGAAUAAAGCGUCAUCUUCUCACUCAGCAUAGCUUCAAAGAAGUUGGCAUAGAGUUUAUGGAUCUAUAUAGCCAUUUGAUUCCCGUCUAUCAAAUUGAUCCCCUGGAGAAAAUUACUGAUGCUUAUCUUGAUCAAUAUUUGUGGUAUGAGGGUGACAAGCGCCACUUGUUUCCCAACUCGAUUAAGCCUGCAGACUCAGAGCCGCCACCGCUUCUGGUUUACAAAUGGUGUCAAGGUAUCAAUAAUUUGCAAGGCAUAUGGGACACAAGUGAUAGUCAGUGUGUGGUGAUGCUCCAGACGAAGUUUGAAAAACUCUUUGAGAAGAUUGAUUUUACAGUGUUGAACAGCCUUCUUCGUUUGGUUCUUGAUCAUAAGCUUGCAAACUAUGUGACUGGCAAGAAUAAUGUGGUUCUGUCUUAUAAGGAUAUGAGCUAUACUAAUACAUAUGGACUCAUUAGGGGACUGCAGUUUGCAUCGUUUGUUGUUCAGUUUUAUGGACUAGUGCUAGAUCUUUUGCUCCUUGGUUUGACUCGAGCGAGUGAAAUUGCCGGGCCACCGCAGAGGCCUAAUGAGUUUAUGACCUAUUGGGAUACAAAAGUUGAGACUCGCCAUCCCAUAAGACUGUAUUCUCGGUAUAUAGACAAAGUGCAUAUAAUGUUCAAAUUUACCCAUGAAGAGGCUCGGGAUCUUAUUCAACGUCAUCUCACCGAGCGUCCUGAUCCUAAUAAUGAAAACAUGGUGGGAUAUAACAAUAAAAAGUGCUGGCCAAGAGAUGCAUGGAUGAGGUUAAUGAAACAUGAUGUCAAUCUUGGUAGAAGUGUCUUCUGGGAUAUGAAAAAUCGUCUUCCUCGAAGCAUCACAACCUUGGAGUGGGAGAAUGGCUUCGUCUCCGUGUACAGCAAGGAUAAUCCAAACUUGCUUUUCAGCAUGUGUGGAUUUGAAGUCCGCAUGCUUCCAAAAAUUAGGAUGGGCCAAGAAGCUUUCAGCAGCACAAGGGAUGGUGUCUGGAAUCUGCAGAAUGAACAAACUAAAGAGAGGACUGCAGUUGCUUUUCUGCGGGUUGAUGAUGAACACAUGAAGGUGUUUGAGAAUCGUGUGAGGCAGAUUCUUAUGUCGUCAGGGUCAACAACAUUUACCAAAAUCGUCAAUAAAUGGAAUACAGCUCUGAUAGGCCUCAUGACUUACUUCCGUGAAGCCACUGUGCAUACGCAAGAGCUCUUGGAUCUGCUUGUUAAAUGUGAAAAUAAAAUCCAAACGAGGGUUAAGAUUGGACUGAACUCAAAGAUGCCUAGUCGAUUUCCUCCUGUUAUCUUCUACACUCCAAAGGAAAUUGGCGGGCUUGGAAUGUUGUCGAUGGGUCAUAUUUUGAUCCCACAAAGUGACCUUCGGUACAGCAAGCAAACAGAUGUUGGUGUAAGCCAUUUCAGGAGUGGAAUGAGCCACGAGGAAGAUCAACUGAUUCCUAAUCUUUACCGUUACAUACAACCAUGGGAAAGCGAAUUUAUUGAUUCACAGCUGGUGUGGGCAGAAUAUGCUUUAAAGAGGCAGGAAGCACAGACCCAUAAUAGACGUCUGACGUUGGAGGAUCUGGAAGACUCUUGGGAUAGGGGAAUUCCGCGUAUAAAUACGCUGUUCCAGAAGGAUAGGCACACUUUAGCAUAUGAUAAAGGUUGGAGGGUCCGGACCGACUUCAAACAGUACCAAUCCCUGAAACAAAAUCCUUUCUGGUGGACACACCAGAGGCAUGAUGGUAAAUUGUGGAACUUGAAUAAUUACCGAACUGAUGUCAUCCAAGCUCUUGGAGGUGUUGAGGGUAUUCUUGAACACACCUUAUUUAAAGGAACAUACUUUCCAACGUGGGAGGGUCUUUUUUGGGAGAAGGCAUCUGGUUUUGAGGAGUCUAUGAAAUAUAAGAAGCUGACAAAUGCGCAGAGGUCUGGUCUGAACCAGAUUCCGAAUAGAAGAUUCACGCUUUGGUGGUCACCAACAAUUAAUCGAGCGAAUGUAUAUGUGGGUUUUCAAGUGCAGUUGGAUUUGACAGGAAUAUUUAUGCACGGAAAGAUUCCUACUCUUAAAAUAUCUUUGAUUCAGAUUUUCCGUGCCCAUUUGUGGCAAAAGAUCCAUGAGAGUGUUGUUAUGGACCUUUGCCAAGUACUGGAUCAAGAGUUGGAUCCGUUGGAGAUAGAAACUGUGCAGAAAGAGACAAUUCAUCCACGGAAGAGUUACAAAAUGAAUAGCUCUUGUGCUGAUGUUCUUCUUUUUGCUGCCUAUAAAUGGCCAAUGUCUAAGCCUAGUCUAGUGGCUGAGUCAAAGGAUAUGUUUGAUCAGAAAGCAAGUAACAAGUAUUGGAUAAAUGUGCAACUUCGAUGGGGAGAUUACGACUCCCAUGAUAUUGAACGCUAUACUAGGGCCAAAUUCAUGGAUUACACAACGGACAACAUGUCUAUCUAUCCAUCUCCAACGGGUGUAAUUAUUGGGCUUGAUUUGGCCUAUAACUUGCAUUCUGCCUUUGGUAAUUGGUUCCCUGGUUCAAAAACUCUGCUUGCUCAAGCUAUGAACAAGAUCAUGAAGUCCAAUCCCGCUCUAUACGUGUUGAGAGAGAGGAUAAGGAAAGGUUUGCAGCUGUACUCAUCUGAGCCUACAGAGCCAUAUUUGUCAUCUCAAAACUAUGGUGAAAUAUUCAGCAAUCAAAUCAUAUGGUUCGUUGAUGAUACCAAUGUAUACCGUGUCACAAUCCACAAGACAUUUGAAGGAAAUCUAACAACAAAGCCAAUCAAUGGUGUAAUUUUUAUUUUCAACCCAAGAACAGGGCAACUAUUCCUAAAGGUCAUUCAUACAAGUGUUUGGGCUGGGCAGAAGCGCCUUGGUCAGCUAGCGAAAUGGAAAACUGCUGAAGAGGUUGCGGCACUUGUGCGGUCUCUCCCUGUUGAAGAACAACCAAAACAAGUUAUUGUGACUCGUAAAGGAAUGUUGGAUCCCCUUGAGGUUCAUCUGUUGGAUUUCCCAAACAUUGUUAUAAAGGGAAGUGAACUCCAGCUUCCGUUCCAGGCUUGUCUUAAGAUAGAAAAAUUUGGUGAUCUGAUUUUGAAGGCCACAGAGCCACAGAUGGUCCUCUUCAAUAUCUAUGAUGAUUGGUUGAUGACUGUUUCUUCGUACACUGCCUUUCAAAGACUCAUUCUGAUCCUUCGCGCUCUUCACGUAAACAAUGAGAAGGCAAAGAUGUUAUUGAAGCCUGACAUGUCUGUUGUCACUGAGCCAAAUCACAUCUGGCCCUCUCUCACUGACGACCAAUGGAUGAAGGUGGAGGUUGCUCUUAGAGAUCUCAUCCUUUCUGACUACGCGAAGAAAAACAACGUGAAUACGUCAGCUCUGACACAGUCAGAGAUCAGAGAUAUAAUACUUGGAGCGGAGAUUACUCCUCCGUCUCAGCAGAGGCAACAGAUAGCUGAGAUUGAGAAACAGUCAAAGCAAGCGAGCCAGCUUACUGCAGUCACAACAAGAACCACAAAUGUUCAUGGUGAUGAAUUGAUUAGCACCACCAUUAGUCCGUACGAGCAAUCUGCAUUUGGAUCCAAAACAGACUGGCGUGUGCGCGCAAUUUCAGCUACUAACCUCUACCUCAGGGUCAACCACAUCUACGUGAACUCGGACGACAUAAAGGAAACUGGAUACACCUACGUUAUGCCCAAGAACAUAUUGAAGAAGUUCAUAUGCAUAGCGGAUCUUCGAACUCAAAUUGCUGGAUAUUUAUAUGGGAUAAGUCCGCCGGAUAAUCCUCAAGUGAAGGAAAUCCGUUGUGUUGUGAUGGUGCCGCAAUGGGGAAAUCACCAGCAAGUUCAACUGCCGUCGUCUUUUCCGGAACAUCAGUUCUUGGAUGAUUUAGAGCCCCUGGGAUGGAUGCACACACAGCCUAACGAGCUUCCUCAGUUGUCACCACAGGAUGUGACUUUUCACUCCCGUGUUCUGGAGAAUAACAAGCAAUGGGACGGAGAAAAAUGCAUCAUCCUGACAUGUAGUUUCACUCCGGGCUCAUGCUCUUUGAUGUCAUAUAAGCUGACGCAAGCCGGGUAUGAAUGGGGACGGCUGAACAAAGACGCAGGCAGCAAUCCCCACGGUUACCUUCCCACCCACUAUGAGAAGGUUCAGAUGCUCUUGAGUGACCGUUUCUUCGGGUUCUACAUGGUUCCUGAUAACGGACCCUGGAACUACAACUUCAUGGGAGUUAAUCACACGGUGGGCAUGAACUAUAGCUUGAAACUUGGAACCCCCAAGGAGUACUAUCACCAAGACCAUCGACCCACUCAUUUCCUCGAGUUCAGCAAUAUGGAGGAGGAUGGUGACCUUGAUCGUGAGGACACUUUUGCUUAAGACGUUUUUUGGAUGUAUGAUGUAAAUUAAGUUUGCAAAUUGUUAAUGAUGAGAUUGAAAAGAUUUUUCUCUAUUUUAAAAAAUAAUAGUAAUGAUUUGAAGACUUCACAAGCAAA